CAGAGCCAAGACAACAGAUGAUAAUAAAACCUCCUCACCUGAGCUCAUCACAAGACAGAAAUGGACAGAAGCAUCAGGAAAACAGGCAGAGGAAACACAAGGAGCAGAAAAGCAGAAGAAAGGAAGAACUGAGCUCUGAUUCUACUCUGGUUUCAUUUUAUGAUUCAGUUUUUUUUUGUUUGUUUUUUUUUUGUACCUCAAAAGUAGAGAAUGUUGGAACAUUUUCUUAAAGCACAAUCUGACAAGUUCACUUUUAUUUAGCAGAGUUUGGGAGGAUUUUUAUUUUCAAGAAGCAAGCUGACAUAAAAACCAAGCCGCCGUGGUGCAGAGCAGAGAAGUGAAGGGAAGAGAGAGGGCGAGGGAGGGGGAGGAAGGAGAGAGCGUGGUGUCUGCGCGUCUGCGCCUGUCACAGCGAGAUGUUCAUGCUCAUUCGAGAGCCGUCCGCCGGAGGAGGCGGUGGAUCAAUGAGCGCACCGCAGGAGAGGAGCGCAAAGCAGGUUCAGGCCGCGAUCAAGAGGAAGAUGGAGAGGCAGAAGAGGCGAAGCAUCGAGCAGGGCAUGCUCAUCGCUGAGGGUCAGGGCGCCACCCAUGUGCCUCUGCAGCGUCAGAGAUCCAGACAGGCGCCCCAGACAAUGGCGGCAGAGGCGGCCGAGGACAGCGAGGCGCUGGAGGAGCAGCUGGAGGAGAUGCUGGAGGGACCUCGCAGGACCAGCGAGGAGAAAGAGGUUGAGGAAGACUCUGCUGACCUGCUGCCCAUCGUGAACUCAGUGUUCGGACAGGACAGAGAGCUGAGACCAGAGGAGCUUGAAGAGCUCCGCAUGGCGUUUGUGGAGUUUGACAAGAACAAGAAAGGCUACAUCAGUCACAGAGACCUGGGGGAGUGCAUGAGGACGAUGGGAUACAUGCCCACCGAGAUGGAGCUCAUCGAACUGAGCCAGCAGAUCAGUGGAGGCAAGAUUGACUUUGAGGACUUUGUGGAGCUGAUGGGACCGAAGCUGCUGGCAGAGACAGCGGACAUGAUCGGAGUCAAAGAGCUACGAGACGCAUUCAAAGAGUUUGACUCCGACGGCGACGGUCAGAUCAGUUUGACGGAGCUGCGUGAAGCCAUGAAGAAGCUGAUGGGCGAACAAGUGACCAACAGAGAGAUCAGUGAGAUCCUAAAGGAUGUCGACCUCAACGGAGACGGCCAGGUGGACUUUGAGGAGUUUGUGCGGAUGAUGUCUCGCUGAGCAGCCCAGCUGCCCCACGCAGGAAAAGGAAACACAGUACUGCAGUGAACUUUAUUUUUAUUGUGAUAAAUAUAUAUAUUUUUAUAUUAAAUAGUGAAACAGGAAGAGAUAUAACAAAGGCGAAUGAAAGAAUAUGAAAAGCAGUGCAAUACAUAUCAGUUUCACAGAAGAAAAACAAUUAUGAUUUCCUGUUUUUUAACAUAUUUUUAUAUGUGAGUGGUUGGUUUUUGAGUGUAAUGUUUGUAAAAAUGUAAAAAAAUGCAGAUUUUAAUAAUGAAUAAAAAUGGACAAAGAGAAGCCA